AUGCCAGGUCUAACCAACUGGAGAAACGUCUACUUGUUAACCAUCCCACUACGGGUUGUCUUUGCCCUAUCCAACUCCUACAUUCACCCAGAUGAACAUUUCCAAACUAUCGAAGUCUUGAGCAGGCGAAUAUUGGGAUACAGCACCAAUAUUCCCUGGGAAUUCGAUGCUGCUGCGAAGCCAGCGAGGAGCUUGGUUCCCUUGUACUUCGUUUACGGCCCCUUGCUUUACGUUGUCAAAUGGUGCAAGGUGCAAUUGGACCCCGUGCAAAUUUGGUACUUGUUGCGGCUACAAUUGUGUCUCUUGUCGUGGCUCGUGACGGAUUUGUGCUUGUACAAGAUGUCACCGAGCAAGAAUGAGCGUAUCAAGCUGAUUUUCUUUACGCUGACUUCGUUUGUCACGUUUGUGUUUCAGAGCCAUUUGUUUUCCAAUAGUGUCGAGACUUUGGUUUUGCUUCUUGCUGUUUGCACUAUUGAUGAUUUGAAACUUGCCAUGGAGAGUGAGACGACCGAGGCGGAGGAGAAUGACGAGAAGAAGACGACAAAAAAGACCACGAAGAGCAAAACUUUGGUUUGGCUUGGUGCGCUCGUGGCCUUUGGAAUAUUCAACCGCGUCACGUUCCCAGCAUUCUUAAUCUUGCCCAGUUGGUACUUGUUGCAAUAUAUGUUAACACGCCCAAUGUCAAUCUGCUAUAUAAGCUUGGGGCUCUUGCUUACUUCCACCGCGAUAAUCUUCGCAGACACGGCCUUGUUCCAAUCCGACCACUACGUCGUUGCGCCCUUGAACAACUUGAUCUACAACUCCCGAUUGGAGAAUUUGUCGCAGCACGGAUUGCAUCUGCGGUAUACUCACUUGGUGAUAAACUUGCCCCAGCUCAUGGGACCGGGGAUCUUGUUCGUGGUGUCGCGCAAGAAGUACUACAUCAAGAGUACCGCGUUUCUAGCUGCCCUCAGCGGGAUGAUCUUUUUGUCGUUUGUGCCGCAUCAAGAGUUGCGCUUUCUUGUGCCGGUUGUGCCCUUGCUUUGCUGUUCUUUCGACCUCGAUAAGAAAUGGAUCGGGCCAUGGACGAUUUAUCUCUGGUACGCGUUCAAUGGCGCAAUGAGUGUGUUGAUGGGGGUGUAUCAUCAAGGUGGCGUCGUGCCGGCGUUGAGCUAUUUCAAAGAAAAGAACUUGCAUGGGGUUCAAGUGUGGUGGCAUACUUAUUCGCCGCCUUCCUGGAUACUCGGAAGUGAGUCUGUUGAAACUUUGUCGCUUACCGAUGAUGUAAACCAUGGGAAACAUUUCACGAUUAUAGAUGCAAUGGGUCUGGACUUGGACAAAGUGGUUCAGAAAUUGGAUGAGGUCUGGUCUAAAGAGAGCAAACCGGUGUACUUGGUGACUCCGCUUGCUUCAUUCACACACCUUGAUGCGUCUCGAUUCAACCCAGUGUGGAACUACACGCACCACAUCGACCUUGAUCACAUCGAUUGGUCAAACUUUCAAACGGGGUUGGGUAUCUACGAAUUAAUAUAA